CGGGCGUUUUGCCGGUGUUUUUGGGGAGAGCGGCCGGUCCCCCUCCCUUGCGAGGAGGAUGCCCUUGUCCUCGCGCGGGUGGGGGCGGCUCCUCGGAGUGGUCUGGCUGCUUGGAAUCCUUGCGGCAGCAGAAACAGAUGAAACUUCUGACCUGCUAUCAGAACAGUUAAGUGAAACUUCCCUACCAUUAACUCUGGAAAGCAGUUCUGUACAGUCAAGCGGUGAUGGGCAUAGGGAAUUGGUACAGUAUAGGACCGCAGAAAUUGCUGAUGCGAUGAUGAGCGGUAGCCUUAUUGCAGACCAUCAGGUUGUACUGUCAGUUAUUCCAAGUGACACAAAGGACAGACAUCUUUCUGAAGCAGACACUGGUACUUGUGAUGCAGCAGCUGAUGCUGAAUGCACUAUGAAUAGCAUGGCAUCUACAUCUCAGCAAGUGUCUCAUGCACAAGAGCCAAUAAUACAUCCACCAGUAGUGUUGGAAGCAGUGCAUCCAGCAGCAGAGGACUCAAAUAACACAGAUGGUAUGAAAACCCCAAAAGUGAAUUGUGAAGAAAGAAAUAUUACAGGAAUGACCAAUUUCACAUUACAAAUUUUGAAUAUUUCCCAAGAUUUAAUGGAAUUUUUAAAUCCAAAUGGCAGUGAGUGCACCUUGGUCUUAUUUUAUACCCCUUGGUGUCGCUUCUCUGCCAAUUUGGCUCCUCAUUUUAAUUGUCUGCCUCGAGUGUUCCCAACACUACAUUUCUUGGCCUUGGAUGCCUCUCAGCACAGCAGUUUAUCAACUCGGUUUGGAACUGUGGCUGUUCCUAACAUCCUUCUUUUUCAAGGCGCUAAGCCAAUGGCAAGAUUUAACCAUACAGAUCGAACUCUGGAAACACUGAAAGCAUUUAUUUUUAAUCAGACAGGAAUACAACCUAAGUCUGAUGUGAUGGUGAGCAUGGAAGAUCAAGCUGGUCCCCUGCCUAGCACACUGAGUAAAGGAAUAGAUUGGCUCCUCUUAUUUUCUUUAUUGUUUCUUAUCAGUUUCAUCAUGUAUGCUACUAUUCGGACAGAGAGCAUCCGUUGGUUAAUACCUGGUCAAGAUCAGGAGCAUCAGGAGUGAUACGUGAUUUGAGUACUGUCUAACUUUAAAAUAAGUUCAUAAACUUGUACAAUGGAUCAAUUUCUCUACGUCUUGUGAACUGGAGCCCUGUUAUGUUAAGCACAUAUUAAAAAUGACACAGCAUCAUUCAGAAGAAAUUACUUAACAUACAACAAACUGUAUGUAAGAGAAAACUGUAGCUGGUUAAUUAAAUGGUGAUGGGGCAGUUUUACCCUGUAGAAUCUAUAUUCUGUAGAAUCCAUUUUUUUAAUGGAAAAUCAAGUUUUUUUUUAAGUGGCCUGAUAAUCUUGAUAGAGUGAACAGAUCAGUUUCUUAUUGUAGAAAUUCUCACAAACCUUGAAAAUAAUUGCAGUUGCAUAAGAUUGUAAUAUGAAAAUAAUAGAUUUAAGUGUAAAAUACUGGUUUUAGAAAUCUCCUUAAUCUUUCUUUCCUCAGCUUUAAUGGGAUAUGUUCUUGAAAAUUUAAUGCCAUUGGAUAAAUCUAGAAGUUACUGCUACCUUCACAUUUGGUGCUUUGAUCACAGUACUUGAUUAAAAUUGUUACAAUUAAGAAAACAUUUAAUAGUUCCUAAUAUGCAUGUAAUUUAUAUUGGAGACUAAGACAUACAGUUUAGUAUUUUAAAAGGACAUAAAACAAUGCAUGCAAUAGGAUGGAAAGAGGACAUACAAUUUCAUGAAUAGUAGUGUUAAAUUAAGUAUGAGUGUAAAUGUAUGCAUCAUUACAUGGGCACUGCCUUUUUCAAUGGUAUGUUUUUUUGUUUUGAUGCUUGUAUUUGUAAGAGUUUGAAUCAACAGAAAUUAAAAGUAUAACCUAUA